GACGCGCGCGCGCGCUCUCUCCACACGUCUCGAGCUCGCGGGAGGUCAGAACGCACGUUCCGGACAAGGAGGAACAGUUAGAAAGAGAGAAGACCGCACUCCAGGAAAGGAUUUAAAAUAAAAAAUAAAAAUAAAACACGAAUAAUAAUAAAAAAUAAUAACAAUAGAGACACGCGUGAAGACAACAAGUGGCGUCGAUAAAUCUGGCGUCGCAGAAGCGGGGGUAAACCUGCUGCGCGCGCGCGGGGCUCCGGUUCAGGCAUGGCGUGGUGCUGGCGGCUGGUGUGCGUCGCGGCGGCGGCGGCGCUCGCGCUGUGGAGGCCCGCGGAGUCGUGUCCCGGCACCUGCACGUGCACGGGCUUCAGAAUUUACUGCGCCGACACCGAGCGCAGCAUUGCGGCUUUCCCCGAGCUCAGCGAGCCCGAGAUGGAGAACAUCACCGACAUAUACAUUUCUAACCAGAGCAGCUUCUCUUCCAUCAACGAUAAAGACCUGACCUUCUACCGAAACCUCAGAAACCUGACAGUGAUCAACACUCGGCUUACAUACGUGUCACGGCAAGCAUUUCAGAGCAACGUCAAACUGCAGUACCUGAACCUGAAGGAUAACAAUCUGUCAUCACUCUCCUGGAAGACGGUUCACCAUCUGAACAUUUCUUACCUGCUGCUGUCUGGAAACCCGCUGCAGUGUUCCUGCGAGAACAUGUGGUUGAAGCAGUGGAAAGGCGAUGAGUCUGAAGCAGCCGAGCUCAUGUGCGUGGAGGAACGAGGGAGGAGGAGGCAUCUGUCCAAGCUCACUCUGCCCAACUGUGUUGUCCCUACAGUCAGCCUCCGUCCCAAAAGCGUAACCCUGAUGGCAGGUUCGAACCUAACACUGACUUGUAAUGCCUCAGGGAUGCCCACGCCCGAUAUCAACUGGAACACCUGCCCACUUAAUUCCAGCCAUGAGAUUGUGACUUCGGGACAGUCGUCCACACUCAGACUCAGAGAUCUCUCAUCCUUGGACAACGAAUGCAAAAUCAUUUGCAGUGCUGACAACACAGCAGGGGAGAGUAAUGCCUUUGUGCAACUCGACAUUCACUUCGCUCCGACAAUCAGCAAGCUCAUGGACGCCAUCUCCGACCAUCACUGGUGCAUCCCCUUCAGUGUGUCUGGCAACCCACAGCCGAAGCUGUACUGGCUGUUGGGUAAUGAGCCUCUGACCGAGGGCGCCUUCAUCAACACCCGGAUCCACGAUUACUCUGAGCACGAGUAUCACGGCUGCCUGCAGCUCGACAACCCCACACACAUCAACAACGGCGAGUACACGCUACUGGCCAGCAACCCUUACGGCAGUGACCGCAAAUCUGUGUUCGCCCACUUUAUGCACAACCCUUGGAACGAAACAGCUACUGAUUCACUGUACUAUGACCCUACUACAGACGACACGCCUAUUGAACCACCUGAGGACCGAGUUGCUGUGUACGUGGUCGUGGGAAUCGCCGCCGUCACAUUCACCGGCUUUGUCCUGAUGCUGGUCGUCCUCAAGUUUGGCCACAAUUCAAAGUUCGGAAUUAAAGGGCCAUCGUCGGUCAUAAGCAACGAUGAUGACUCAGCCAGUCCUCUCCAUCACGUUUCAAACGGCUCGAACACGCCAUCGUCCUCAGACAUGAACGCUGACGCCGUCAUCAUCGGCAUGACAAAGAUCCCCGUCAUCGAGAACCCGCAGUACUUCCGCAGCACCAGCAGCCUGCUCAAAUCGGAUACCUUUGUCCAGCACAUUAAAAGGCACAACAUCGUGCUGAAGAGGGAACUCGGCGAAGGGGCCUUCGGGAAAGUGUUCCUGGCUGAAUGCUACAAUCUUAAUCUUUCACACGACCAGGAUAAGAUCCUUGUUGCAGUAAAGACCCUUAAGGAAGCCAGCGAGAACGCACGCAAAGACUUCCAUCGUGAAGCCGAGUUGUUGACCAACCUGCAGCACGAGCACAUCGUCACCUUCUACGGCGUGUGUGUGGAGAGCGACCCCCUCAUCAUGGUGUUCGAGUACAUGAAGCACGGAGACCUCAACAAGUUCCUCAGGGCUCACGGUCCUGACGCCGUGUUAAUGGCAGAUGGUCAGGUACAGCAGCAGGCUGAGCUCACACAGUCUCAGAUGCUGCACAUUGCUCAGCAGAUCGCAGCAGGGAUGGUGUAUCUGGCCUCACAACACUUUGUGCACAGAGACUUGGCCACACGUAACUGCCUUGUUGGUGAGAACCUGCUGGUGAAGAUCGGAGACUUUGGCAUGUCACGAGACGUGUACAGCACGGAUUAUUACCGGGUGGGCGGUCAUACCAUGCUGCCGAUCCGCUGGAUGCCCCCGGAGAGCAUCAUGUACAGAAAGUUCACCACGGAGAGUGACGUCUGGAGUCUGGGUGUGGUGCUCUGGGAAAUAUUUACCUACGGGAAACAGCCCUGGUACCAGCUUUCCAACAAUGAGGUAAUAGAGUGCAUCACUCAGGGUCGUGUAUUGCAGCGGCCACGCACUUGUCCGAAAGAGGUGUAUGACCUGAUGCUGGGCUGCUGGCAGCGAGAACCACAUUCUCGCCUCAACAUCAGAGAGAUCCACACCCUGCUGCUCAACCUGGCUAAGGCCUCACCAGUCUACCUGGACAUCCUGGGCUGAUAUAGAGUUUGUGUGUGAGUGUGUGUGUGCGAGCGUGUUCCCUUAACUGCACUCUAUUGUCCUUUUCUCUUUUUCUCUUCUCUCUACCUACCCACAAUCUGUCCAUCCUGCUCCUCCUCCUAUUCUAAAAGUGUAGUGCAGUAGGCAGCAGGAGCCUCAUUUAUCAGUAUUAUUAAAGAAGGACUGAAACGUGACGCCAAAGACCUCCUCUGCUCCUCUGCUGGCAAGACAUUUACUGUACAGCCACUAGAAAUGUUACUGUAAAUAUCGUCUUCUCCAGGAAUGCAUCAUUUCCAGGACUUCAGGAAGGCCUCUUCACGUUCUGCCUACUUCAUGAAAUGUAGAAAGGAAAGGACCACAGAAGGUUCCCCAUCUGCUUCUUCUUAUUGGAAACAUGUUCAUAUGUAAUAAAUACAGUUAUAAAGCAGGAUGUUUGACAGCAGCAUGGAGAUAUAGAUAUCAAAACGCAGUUCGGGUGUAUUGUAGGGAUUUUUACAGAAAAAUGUACAGGGUCAUAGUCCUUAGAGCCCUGAGAGCCUUCGAGGUUUGUCUUUAUAGUGCACUACAGUGGGGCAUAUUGAGUCAUUUGAGACAAGGCCAUGCCCAUGCUUCAAUAUGUUUAGCGUGCAUUUAGGACAAGAGCCCAAUUACCCAGAGUGGCUGAUUAUGAUGGGGUAGGCUAAAUUAUGACCCCGGCCUCCUUCCCUCCCUCCUUCCCAUUCCUACCUCCCUCCCUCCUUCACUCACUCACUCACUUGAAUUAUUACAGAGUUGAAGCAGUGAUGUAGUACUCAAGCUAGGAGCACACAGCUGUUAUGGUGUAAUAUAUAUUUCAUUACAGUACUAAUGUCUGCUAUUAGCACCUAUUCCCUAUAGACUCAUACAGAACGCAGAUGGGAUGAAAGGAAAAGAAGGAGGGGGGUAUUUUUCUUUUUUUUUUCCCAAAAAACUCCAAACCCAAUAACAGGCAUAUGUAUUGUAUCAUGAUUGUAUACAAGCCCCAGAUUUCUAUUCACCAAUGCACUUUUUUUACCAUCACAAAAACACAAACUCUUCAGCCACAUGAAACCCAAUAUAUUUUGUGUAUCAUUUACUUCUGCUUAAUUAUUAGGAAAUUCAUAAUAAGUUAUCAAACAUAACACUGAGCGAAGGGCAAAGAGUGUAUAAAUUUGCACACCUGUACACCUGCUGUAAUAUAUACUGUAUAUUUAUACACACUCACACACACACAUAUAUAAACACAUACAUAUGGAUGUGUUGUACUGUAAGUCACUGAAUUGUGUAUACUGUUUAGAUUUUUUUUUAUGUCUUAAGUUGUAAAAUGUAUUUACUGUGAGGCACUUAUUUAUUUAUUUUUAUAAGUUAUUAUCUUUGCUAAUUUAUUUUUGCCUGAUUUUCGUCUCACAGAAGGAAUGUACAGAAGUGCACAAGUUUGACCAAAAAUGUUAUCUAAUGUUUUCCUCAUGCUAGUGAGUUAUUUUCGUGACUUGUAUGUCAGAGUGAA